UAUAAGUAUUAUUGUCACCUUCUUUAUUUAUCGUUCCAUAAAAAAAAUGAAUCCUAAGGCCAUAUAUUUCCCAAUUUUCAUAGCAAUCUUUGCUGUUUUAGCAUCAACUCAACCGCCCCGAACGUACUUCAACUGCUUUCUUGAUCGAUGCUCUACAGCUUUAUCGUUAUGUAUUGUUAAUCGCCAUCACCAUCACCAUCAUCAUCGUCAUGACACUGACGAUGAUAAGGCAAGACAAUCUCCCUGUGACAAAUUUACUCCAAAUUUUCCAACUAUAGACCCUAGUAACACGUCAAUUAUCUGCGUUGAUCGAAAUGGAUGUUGCAAUUUCACCACAGUGCAAGCUGCAGUUGAUUCUGUUGGGAAUUUUAGUGUCAAAAGAAGCUUAAUAUGGAUAAGCAAUGGCAUUUAUUUUGAAAAGGUAAUUAUUCCAAAAACAAAACCUAACAUAACAUUUCAAGGGCAAGGGUAUACGACAACAGCUAUCGUAUGGAAUGACACAGCCAAUUCUGCAAAUGGAACAUUUUACAGUGGCUCUGUCCAAGUUUUCUCUACCAAUUUCAUUGCCAAGAAUAUGAGUUUCAUGAAUGUAGCUCCAAUGCCGGUACCCGGGGCGGUAGGAGCACAAGCAGUGGCGAUCAGGAUAGCCGGAGAUGAAGCUGCCUUUUGGGGUUGUGGAUUUUUCGGAGCUCAGGAUACCCUUCAUGACGAUCGUGGUCGUCAUUACUUUAAGGAUUGUUAUAUUCAAGGUUCCAUCGACUUCAUUUUUGGCAAUGGCAAAUCAAUCUACGAGAACUGUCAAUUAAUAUCAAUAGCAAGCCCAGUAGCCCCAGGAGUGAAGUCGAUAAACGGGGCAGUAACAGCACACGGCAGAGCUACCAAAGACGAAAAUAGUGGUUUCGCUUUUGUGAAUUGCACUUUAGGAGGCACUGGUAGAAUUUGGUUGGGGCGUGCGUGGAGGCCUUACUCCACAGUCAUCUUUGCUAACACUUACAUGACGGAUAUCGUGGCUCCUGAGGGUUGGAACGACUUGAAUGACCCAAUGAGAGACCAGACAAUUUUUUAUGGGGAGUAUAAUUGCUCCGGAGCAGGAUCCAAUAUGGCACUGAGGGCGCCAUUUGUUCAAAAACUUAACGAUACACAAGCUCUUCCAUUCCUCAACUCAUCUUUUAUUGAUGCUGAUUUGUGGCUUCAAUCUUUCUCCUCUUAGCAACUUCUCCUUCUUUAUAUUUUCUCUCUCUAAUUAUAAAUUUAUGUGUGAUGAACUCGAUUGCAUAAUAUUCCAAAAUUGAACGACAUUGUUGUAAUAUUAUUUCGGAUUUGUCUUGUAUAUAUAUAUGAAAAUACACAUUGACACUAUUA